UGACAGUUUCACGAAUCCCCGUGAGACCGGGCUGGAUCUGAAGUACCGUUGUCAAGAUAUGCAAUGGUUUCUAUGCAGAAUGAACACCUCUAAAAAUAGUUCCGAAUUAGACAUUCUAGAAUUCAUGCCACAUAUAAAUCUCAGUGUGCAGACAGUUCUGGACAGUGUCUUACAGAUUUCAGCAGGACUACACUGAAACUAGCAGGACAUCGAGAUUAAACUCAACAUCAACCUUUCAACAAAGUCCAAAGAAGCCAACAUUUUUGAGGUAAGUAACUUCACUGUUCUGUUUGAUGAAGCAAACACCAGAGGAAACAUUCAGAAGGCAGUUUUAAAAUCUAUUUUUCUACAACUCUGUCCAAUUUGUAAUGAAAUCUGUGAGUCAGAACAGGAUGUAACACUCAGUUUUGUACUUGUCUUGUAAUUUUUAACAUCUUGUUAUUAAAAAGUAAGAUCUUAGCAGUGUGGAAGGGAAGUGAUGUGUUCAGGUUUGGUCAUAACUGGAUAACUAAAACCAACCAGUACUCCUGUAAAGAGCAGGACAAACAUUUUUGUUAAGACAAAAUUUGGUUUUAAAGCUCCAAACUUGGAAUAGUUUGACUAUAACCAUGACCAAAUGCAUAGAUAUGUUGGGAUAGCAGGAUUUUUCUACUGGGAAAUAUUCAUUUUGGAGGAUAUAAUGAUAGUCUGAUGUGUUGAUGUGAGCAAGAUUUAAGGUCACUUUUUUCUGAUAAGUAAAUUAAUUCAAUAAGUGUAAUAAGUAAGGUAACAGUUUAUUCUGUUUCCUUAAAGCUGCUGUCCGGAGUUUGAAUCGCAGCGUCUCCCAAAACGCUGGUGGUCCCACCCUCCCUCCCUCUGAUUUCGCCCCUUUAUUUGUGCACGCGCGCAGUACAUGAGAGGAGUGCCCGGAGUGCUGCAGCAUCUUGCCUGUUUUGCUGUUUUCCCCUCUUCUGCAUUUAGUACAUUUAGUAAAUAAUAAAGGAAUUACGUUAGAAUGCUGUAUUGAGUCUAACUUGUCCUAAUACCAAAAUAACAUGAAACUGCUAGGACGAACGAGUAAAGUUUCAAUAUGUGAUUACACUCCCUCUCGAUGACGUUGUUUAUCAAACUUAGUGCAUUUACGCGUGUAUAUGUGUUAGAUUGUUUAUUUAUUUCUAUCUAGAGUUCAGAAUUGCAUGACUCCUCUGACGAAGAGUAUGUCCCAGACGCCCCAACAUCUUCCUCCAGAGGUCGGGCAUCUAAACGAAGCCGUCAGGCGGGCUAUGGAGGCCGUGGUCGGGGAGCGAGGCGAGCACCCCGACCACAGCAUCUAAACAAAGCCCGCAGGCGGGCUAUGGAGGUCGUGGUCGGGGAGCGACGCGAGCACCCCGAGCCAAAAAACGUCCUGCAGUCUCUUGGCCUGACAAGCCGUGGGAUUGGUAACUUUUCUGGAAGUUGUUGAGCCCUGAUGCUCUCUCCUCCACAAGCAAAACAAAUGUGUGCGCGGUUGCGUAGUGCGUAGCUCGCCCACAUCUGCAUGGGCUUGCUUGCUGUGCGCGUAACCGUUGAUUGACAGCAUGACAAAGCUGAAGCUCGAACUUGAUUGGUCGGCAGCAACCGGCGCUUUUUGGAAUAACAUGGGGGUCUAUGAGAGGAAGGCGGAGCUCAGGAAUAAAUUUUCAUAUCGCGUUAUACUAACUUUAUAUGAUAGUAUCGAACUAGACUAACACAUUUAAGCUUUGUUAAAAAAUGAUACAUAAAUUGAAAACAAACGGAAACUCCGGACAGCAGCUUUAAAGCUCGUGUCCGGAGUUUGAAUCGCAGCUUCUCCCAAAACACUGUUGGUCCCACCCUUCCUCUGAUUUCGCCCCUUUAUUUGUGCACGUGCGCAGUACCUGACAGGAGGCCCAGAGUGCUGCAGCAUCUUGCCUGUUUUGCUGUUUUCCACUCCUCUACAUUUAGUACAUUUAGUAAAUAAUAAAGGAAUUACGUUAGAAUUCUGUAUUCAGUCUAACUUGUCCUAAUACCAAAAUAACAUGAAUCUGCUAGGACGAACGAGUAAAGUUUCAAUAUGUGAUUACACUCAUGUAUCCCUCUCGAUGACGUUGUUUAUCAAACUUAGUGCAUUUACGCGUGUAUAUGUGUUACAUUGUUUAUUUAUUUCUAUCUAGAGUUCAGAAUUGCAUGACUCCUCUGACGAAGAGUAUAUUCCAGACGCCCCAACAUCUUCCUCCAGAGGUCGGGCAUCUAAAUGAAGCGGGUCAAGCGGGCUAUGGAGGCCGUGGUCGGGGAGCGACGCGAGCACCCCGAGCCAAAAAACGUCCUGCAGUCUCUUGGCCUGACAAGCCCUGGGAUUGGUAACUUUUCUGGAAGUUGCUAAUCCCUGAUGCUCUCUCCUCUACAAGCAAAACAAAUGUGUGCGCGGUUGCGUAGUGCGUAGCUCGCCCACCUCUGCAUGGGCUUGCUUGCUGUGCGCGUAACCGUUGAUUGACAGCAUGACAAAGCUGAAGCUCGAACUUGAUUGGUCGGCAGCAACCGGCGCUUUUUGGAAUAACAUGGGGGUCUAUGAGAGGAAGGCGGAGCUCAGGAAUAAAUUUUCAUAUCGCGUUAUACUAACUUUAUAUGAUAGUAUCGAACUAGACUAACACAUUUAAGCUUUGUUAAAAAAUGAUACAUAAAUUGAAAACAAACGGAAACUCCGGACAGCAGCUUUAAAGCUCGUGUCCGGAGUUUGAAUCGCAGCUUCUCCCAAAACACUGUUGGUCCCACCCUUCCUCUGAUUUCGCCCCUUUAUUUGUGCACGUGCGCAGUACCUGACAGGAGGCCCAGAGUGCUGCAGCAUCUUGCCUGUUUUGCUGUUUUCCACUCCUCUACAUUUAGUACAUUUAGUAAAUAAUAAAGGAAUUACGUUAGAAUUCUGUAUUCAGUCUAACUUGUCCUAAUACCAAAAUAACAUGAAUCUGCUAGGACGAACGAGUAAAGUUUCAAUAUGUGAUUACACUCAUGUAUCCCUCUCGAUGACGUUGUUUAUCAAACUUAGUGCAUUUACGCGUGUAUAUGUGUUACAUUGUUUAUUUAUUUCUAUCUAGAGUUCAGAAUUGCAUGACUCCUCUGACGAAGAGUAUGUUCCAGACGCCCCAACAUCUUCCUCCAGAGGUCGGGCAUCUAAAUGAAGCGGGUCAAGCGGGCUAUGGAGGCCGUGGUCGGGGAGCGACGCGAGCACCCCGAGCCAAAAAACGUCCUGCAGUCUCUUGGCCUGACAAGCCCUGGGAUUGGUAACUUUUCUGGAAGUUGCUAAUCCCUGAUGCUCUCUCCUCUACAAGCAAAACAAAUGUGCUCGUGGUUGCGUAGUGCGUAGCUCGCCCACCUCUGCAUGGGCUUGCUUGCUGUGCGUGUAACCGUUGAUUGACAGCAUGACAGAGCUGAAGCUCGAACUUGACUGGUCGGCAGCGACCGGCGCUUUUUGGAAUAACAUGGGGGUCUAUGAGAGGAAGGCGGAGCUCAUGAAUAAAUUUUCAUAUCGCAUCAUACUAACAUUAUAUGAUAGUAUCGAACUAGACUAACACAUUUAAGCUUUGUUAAACAAUGAUACAUAAAUUGAAAACAAACGGAAACUCUGGGCACGAGCUUUAACUUGCAACAUGGAAUCCAAAAAUGAAAUUGGAUUAUGCUGUCCAGCAAUAUUUUUGUUUUUGGUGAUACAACUUGUCAUAUCUGCUCAAUCAGUUACUAAAGUUCAUCACAUUUUCUUUUUCAUUUUUGUGACCAAGCAUUUAAUGUUAAAAAAAUAUUCUAUAUGUUUUGUUUUGUAUUAUCCUGGCAUGCAAGUACAAAAGUGUCAGAAAAUAUCAUUGGUUGAUUUCUGCAUUAUUGUUUUUUUGGGGGGUAAUGUGUGCUCAAAGAUGAGACUUUCAGUGACAAUUUCAGUUAUUUUUUAAAUUUCAAUUCACCUGUUAUCAGAGAUUAUUUCAUCGACUUGUCCUGUAGUUGAAACUCGAACUAACCAUUAAAAAAAAAAUCAUGCUUUAUCUGUAUUAGUUCUUGAGAUACUGUCAUUUAAACAUUACCUCAAAUGCCUGUAAUAUGUUAAAAAUGUGCUGGACGUGGAUAAACAGGCUUUAAAAAAUUAUCUCAAAUAUCUUGAUUUGUGAAUAAAAAUACUGAACACAUUUCUAAAAGUUAGCCUUUUUAAUAUAUUUGAAAUAUAUUUUAUGUGAGAAAAAAUCUGUCAAAUGAGACAUGGUUGAGCAGAAAAUGUUCUAACAAAUGAGAGAUUUCAGCAAUUUAUAAAAACAUUACUCAGAAUAUGUCACUAUAAGUUAUUACAUGCAGAUAGAUGAGAAAAACAGUGGCAGUUUUAAUAAUUUAACAUGCCAUUUUCAAAAUUAAACAAUGCUGAGAAAUUUUAAAUUGUUUUUAAAGGCAUUCUAGAAUUCAUGGCAAACACAAAAACUCUGAGUGGAGACACCAUUUCAAUUUAUUUUAUUGAGUUAUUUGUUUAUUGAGUAGUUUUGUGAAACAAACUUAACACCAAACUCGGAGACAUCCACAUUUCAACAAAAUCUAGAUAACCAAACUUUUGUGAAGUAAGUAACUCCACUCUUCUGUUUAAUGAAGUAAACACUUUGGAGUUUCUGAGGAAACAUCCAUGUAGUUUUGCUGCAAUACCGUCCAAUAUGCCUUAUAACACAAUUCAGAACAGGUUGUAACACUCAGUGCUGUUGUUUUGUGAUAACUGGUUCAAUAUUUAGCAAAUAUGAUUGAAAGCUGAGAUCACAACAGUGUGGUAGAUUACCAAUGGUUUAACAAGACAUCCAUAGAUUAUGGUUCUCUUUUGUCUGUUUAACUUUCAGUCUUCUGUGACAAGAUAAAAAUGUACUUUCAAAGUUCAUCCUCAUCAUCAUCCUCAUCCUCAUCUUCCUCCGAGGGGAGUACCACAUGGCAGCGUUGCGAAGUCCCAACAGGCUGCACGGUGGUGAAAGAACUGGGAGAUGGAAGCUAUGGAACAGUGCUGGAAUGUGUGAAAAACAACACUGAAGAGUACGUGGCUAUAAAGGUGCCCGAAAGGAACAAUCUUGACCAUGAGGCGAAAAUCCUGAAAAAGCUCAUGAGCCACAACUCAAAGGAGUCCAACAUCAUUGAGUACAAAGGAGACAUCUUCAUAGAAAAUACGCGGCUCCUGGUGUUUGAAAAAUUGGACAUCGACCUGUGGGACUAUGUGGAGAAUUUACCACAGCCACUGCGACUGGAACACGUCCGUACAGUUAUUCAGCAGCUGGCUGUAGCUUUGAAUUCACAGUGCUGGCAUAAGCCACACUGAUGUGAAGGAGGAUAACAUCAUGAUGGUGGAUCGCGUGAAGCAGCCCUUCAGGGUCAAGCUCAUUGACUUUGGAUUGGCCAAGAACAGGUCCAAAGCCAGGGCAGGAAAGCUAUGCCAAGGACUUGCAUAUAGAGCUCCAGAAAUCAUCCUGGGCCGGCCGUAUUCAGAGGCCAUUGACGUUUGGUCGUUAUAGGCUGUAUUGGGACCAUGGAAAAAGUCCCUAGAAAGUGAAUUUCGUUCCACUCACGUGGAUCUACAUGAACUCUGCUUUAUAAGAUAUAUCUAUUGCUAAUUAGCACCCAAAAAAAGUUUCUACUCACCGUUUCCAGUCAUUUUUUAAUAAUUACCGUUUUUGUGUCGGUCUUUUUUUUUACUGUGGCGUAGUGAUAUUUACAUGGGCGUACUAGGAUUUGCAGUGCGUGCAGCGGUUUUUGGUCAUGUGGACCAAAAGGAGCCGAGUUCUGUUGCUGUGGUAUCAGAUCAAAACAACAUGGCGUCGACUGUAUCUACCACAGAUACGAGCAAAGAUGACAAAAAGACAAGGAAACCGCCUUCAAAAGUCACUAAAAAAGGAUCGAAACGAUGCUAUAUGCAUCUCACAGAUGUCCAGGGCGAAGACAUGCAGGAAUUUACACGGAAACGGUGGGAAACUUACACAACCUGCGUUAGACAGUGGCUUUCUCCGGUUGCAGAAGGCUGCUGAGCUGAAGGAGGACACCAGCGUGCUUUUGCACAUUAAAGAAAAAGACUGUGUGGCCCUAGAGGUGCGGUACCACAGGACCUGUUACGCACAGUACACAAAGUUUUUGUCAAGGCCUUUGGAAACAAGUACUGCAACCCCAGAUGAAGCGUGAGUUAUUACAAUGCAUUAACAUUUUAUUACACAUUGUACAUUUCAAUAUGAGGCAUUGACAAACAACAUAGUCUUUAGUUUGUUUAACUGUAGUUCCAAAAACCUAUUUGAUAAUUUUAUUCAGGAAAAAUUGGCGGAGUAGACAAGCUUAGAUAAUCUUGAUUGGAUGAUUAUGUAAAUAUGACAUGGCUGCAACAGUUUACACAUGGUUUGUGUGUGUGUGCAUGUGUUUUUCAGAACUGAACCACCAUUCACUGACAGCUACAAUUUCUUCUGUGAGACUGUCAUCCAUCAAAAGAUUAUAGUUGACCAGGAAGUGCUGCGAAUGGACAAGCUACGAAAGACAUUCGUGGACAUAGUGAAGAAUCAACAGGGUCUUGAUGCUUCAGAAUACAGGCAGGAUCUACUGAAGAGGCAGCUGACGCAUGACUUCCCGCAGCUCACUUUCCACUGCCCUGCCAAGAGAAACAUCAGUGAACUUGUUUUUGUUGAGACACUGUCAGCUGAUAGACUAUUACAAAAGAUACCUCCACAGUCAGGUACAUCUACUGAGUUCACUGAGGUAAGCCAAGCUGAAAGCCAAACUGAAAGUGACAGUGAACACAUGGCUAGCACAACAUCUGGACAGAAUACUACUGAUGUCACAAGGACACUGUACAGUGCAGGAUUGAUCUUAAAGAGGGUUCUCAGUGACUCUCCUGGUAUGACAUGCCCCUGGCCUCCCACCGCUGACAAUUUAAAUGUGUCUGAUGCUCAAUCUGUUGUGCCAGAAGAACUAUAUAAUCUAAUUGCAUGGAUUAUAGGGGCAUCAGAAGAGGCAACAGGAGUGGGUUAUGUCGAUAUUCCCGAUGAUGUUAGGCUAAAAGUUCUAUCUGUUUGUCAAGACAUUGUUUACCUUGCAUCUAAAGGUCGAAAGCAGACACCAAAGUCAUUGUGCCUUGGGCUAACUGUACGCCAUUUAACAAGAUCAUCUAAUCUUUUGUCAUUGCUGAGUAGACUAGGACAUUGUGCUUCAUGGAACACAGUACUCAGUCUAGACACUAGCCGAGCUGAACUACAACUGCUAGAGAAUAGAGACAAAAUCCCAAAGGGUUUCUCAAAGAAGGUGCCUACAAUACUGGUGUGGGACGACAUUGAUUUUGGGGAGGAGACACUGUUUGGUGGUGGAACCACUCACCAUACAAAUGGCAUUAUGCUCCAAAGUUCUGUCACUGAAACUGAGUCAGGAUCAGACAGACCGCCGCUACAGAAGGCAGUUUACACAUUCAAAGCACCUCCUAGCAUCCCUGUAGAACACUAACAACCGUCUAAAAGACAGGGGCCACAGAGCUUCUCACAAGGAAAGUGUUCCAUCACAGGCAGAAACAUACAGGUUGAAUACUGUGUCGGCUGCCAAAACUGAACUGGCAUAUGUUUUAUUGACGUAUGCAGAUGCUGAAGCAUGCACAGUGCCAAGCUGGACAGGUUUCCAUACAAUGCUUCAAUGUAAUGCGACUUUGCAAAAGUCAGCAUUGUAUUAUCUUCUAGUCAUUGAGGCUUCACCGACAGAGAUGUCAACUGUUAACACAAUUCUGAAGAGAAGUGUUGCAGUUGCUGAUCAGCUAGAACUGGACCAGGUAGUAUUAGUUUUUGACCAACCUAUAUAUGCCAAAGCUCAACAAAUCCGCUGGAAAAAUGAUGAUUUCAUGAAGCGGCUAGUGAUUCGACUAGGUGAGUUUCAUACAUGCAUGUCUUUCCUAGGUAUUUUAGGAAAAAGGUUUGGUGAUGCAGGAUUGCAAGAUAUACUCAUUGAGUCAGAAGUUGUUGCCCCAGGAUCCAUCAAUGGGGUGAUCAGUGGUCAUCAGUACAACCGCAGCAUGAGGGCACACAAACUUAUGUAUGAGAGUCUGCAACGUAUUUGUAUGUGUAUUAAGCUAUAUUUUCAUAUUCAGAGACACUGUCGUAUUUGAAUAAAUGUUUUAUACCAUACUUGUGAAUGACUCUGACCUUUUGUGCAUUUAUUUUUUUGUCUUAUUCCAUUUUUGCCAUUAUUCCGAUUUAGGAGGGCGUGGUAGCAAUUCAGUUGAUUUUCAGCCAUUUAUGGCCAUGGUGUGCAUUUUUUAUUUUAUAUCUUUCAUUACACAGUAGGUUGUGAUAUUUUUAAUAUAUGACACAUAAACGUUUAGCUAAAUGUACUAUAUAUUUCAUUAUGCUGGGUGCAAAUCACUUAAGUUGAAGCGUUUCUUCCAAGAAAUUACCUACAUUUCUCACUCUGAAUUCACCUAUGUGUACACUAUGGCACCGAUACUUGUUUAAAAUGUUUGGUAGAUGUGUUUAUGACAUUUGAUAAAGAUUUUGUGUUGCCAGAGUUAACAUAGCACUUAAAACAAGCAAAAACAGCAGCACCAGAUUUUCGUUUUUUGGGUAUUCUCAUAAAGAUACAUUUCUGGCUGGUGACAAAGUUCGGACAAAUUGUCAGGCCAGCUACAGCUGGUCCUAGUUAGUGUUGCUAUGUGCUUCUGUCCCUCUCUCCCUCUAUCUUUCUCCCUUCUAGGGCUGAAUCCCAAACCGCCCCUACACACUAUCCCUACACACUACCCCUCCGUUUGCGCGUUCCCGUGGAGGGUCCUCCAUAUUAAGGGCCGUCCCAAACUGCGUAGUGCGGAGGGAGAGUGGACUGUUCAGCCCUUAAAUAGCGAGUCUGCAUCGAUGCUCAUUCUGGACAACUUUUUCAGGAAGUGCAACGUCGAAAUGGAGGAGGAAACAACAUACUGAUGUGAGUUCCACGUGCGUCCUUUAUUUCUCCCACGCCUUUUUCACACUGACAGAACAUCACAAAAAGAGUGGUGAAAAAAGAUAAAACAAAAGAAACAAAUCUUCUUCUCUGCUGACGUUUGAUUUAAUUGUGCACCCCCUGACACCUUAAAAUUUGAACACAACUGACAGAAUUCAUUUAUUCAUUUGUUGGAUUUGAAAUGCCAGAUAAUAGGAUUGGAAAACAUGUGAGUGAAAAAAAAGGGGGAUGCUUUCGUAUUCUGGAAGCAGCAGCGAUCCUUGUUAGUUGCAACCUGUGCCACAGCGCUACAGCCAUGCACAGUAGGCGUCUUUGUGUUACCAUGGUGAUGACGUCUUCUGUUUUCCAGUGAGGCGACAGGGCGUCCCAUUCCUGACGAUCGUAUUUAUACCCUCCCCCUUCAAUAAUAGGUGCCCUCCACAGCUGUGAGUGUGACUUCUUUUGGAGUGACACUCGGUAGUGUAGGGGGAGUGUGUAGGGGCGGUUUGGGAUUCAGCCUAGGAGUGGCUUGACAGGCUAGAGUGGCAACAGGUGUUCCUCAUCUCAUCAUUGUGAUCAAGUGACGCUGAAGCAGCUGGUGUCUUCCAAUCAGAUUCGAACUGCUCGACCUUUUAAGCAGCUUCCUCCCCAACACGGUCUCACGGGGAUUCGUGAAACUGUCACGUCAGU